AUGGCUCCAAGAAGAACGCCGCCAUCCGGAUCAUCCGGAGAAAAUUAUUUGGGAGCUCAGCAGAACAAAACCUAUAGUACUUUUCUCCCAAAGUAUAGCGAAGGGAUUCCAAUAGUUCUUCCUCCACCAGAGAUCCUUGAAGCACCUAACUUCGCCUCUUUACAGAGGAUUGUUGACAAUCUAUGGAACAAAGCUCUACUGGGUUCGCGAGUUCAAGUAAGUUCAGCUGGAAACAAUCUUUUCAUUUUCUCCUUUAACACAGUUUCUACUAGAGAUUGGGUGUUAGAGAACGAUCCAUGGCACAUACAAAACAAGCCACUGAUUCUUAGGAAAUGGGAACCAAAUAUGAAAAGACUUAGCUUCAAUUUGUCUAAAAUACCAGUUUGGGUUCAUCUUUACAAUGUUCCUCUUGAACUCUUUUCCCGAACUGAUUUAAGUUAUAUUGUAAGCGCCAUAGGAGUUCCACUUUCAAUGGAUUCCGUUACAACUUCAAAAUCCAGACUCGAGUAUGCCAAAAUCUGUAUCGAAAUUAGGUUUAACGAUGAAAUUCCAAAAUACAUAGAUGUUGUCUUGAAAGAAGGUCAUUCUACUUCGAUCCAAGUGGAAAUUCCUUGGCUUCCACCUUCCUGUAAGAAUUACAAAGUUUUUGGUCAUACUGACAAGGGAUGUUUGCAGAAACCGAAUUCAGCUCCACCUGUUAUUCAAGUCUGGAAAAAGAAGGGUGAAACAAAAUCUAAUAUUGGUUCCUCAACAACAUGA